AUGGCUCUCUCUCUUCUCUAUCUCCUCAUAAUCUCACUCUCCUUCUCCAACUUACCCUCUUCUUUUUCUUCUUCUUCUUCUGAUAAUAAUAAUAAUAAUAAUAAUGUUAAUAAUGCUGCAAGGACCUUCAUAGUCCAAGUCCAGCCAAGCUCCAAACCCUCCAUUUUCCCAACCCACCAAGACUGGUACUCUUCCUCUCUCUCCUCUCUUUCUUCUGAUAAAGCCACUGCCCCCACUGUCCUCCACACUUACUCUACUGUCUUCCAUGGCUUCUCUGCCAAGCUUUCCCCAUCCCAAGCCCAGACACUUCAGUCCCUUGACCACGUCACCGCCAUUAUCCCCGAGCAAGUCCGCCAACUCCACACCACCCGCUCUCCCGAGUUCCUCGGCCUCCGCUCCACCGACGCCGCCGGUACCCUCCUCAGGGAGUCUGAUUUCGGGUCCGACCUUGUCAUCGGCGUCAUCGACACCGGCAUCUGGCCUGAACGCAAGUCAUUCCACGACCGAGACCUGGGCCCCACCCCCUCCAAGUGGAAGGGCCAGUGCGUCGCCGGCAAAGACUUCCCCGCCACCAUCUGCAACCGCAAGCUCAUCGGCGCUCGCUUCUUCUCCUCAGGCUUCGAGUCCACCAACGGAAAAAUGAACGAGACCACAGAGUACCGCUCCCCCCGCGACUCCGACGGCCACGGGACCCACACUGCCUCCAUCGCCGCCGGGAGGUACGUUUUCCCGGCGUCCACUCUCGGCUACGCCAAGGGCGUUGCCGCCGGAAUGGCUCCCAAGGCCCGGCUUGCCGCCUACAAGGUCUGCUGGAGCGCCGGCUGCUACGACUCUGACAUCCUCGCCGCGUUCGACGCCGCCGUCGCCGACGGCUGCGACGUCGUUUCCCUCAGCGUCGGUGGCGUCGUCGUCCCCUACCACCUCGACGCCAUAGCCAUCGGCGCGUACGGAGCCUCCGACGCCGGCGUCUUCGUCUCGGCCUCCGCCGGCAACGGCGGUCCCGGAGGGCUCACCGUCACCAAUGUGGCACCGUGGGUGACAACCGUCGGCGCGGGAACCAUCGACAGGGACUUCCCGGCCGAUGUGAAGCUCGGGAACGGCAGAAUAAUCCCGGGCAUGAGCAUCUAUUCCGGGCCUGGUCUCGCUCCGGGUAGGAUGUACCCGCUGGUUUACGCGGGCGGCGUAGGCGGCGAUGGCUACUCCUCGUCUCUGUGUCUAGAAGGUUCUCUGAGUCAAGUAAAAGGGAAAAUCGUCGUCUGCGACAGAGGAAUUAAUUCAAGAGCCGCGAAAGGUGACGUGGUGAAGAAAGCCGGAGGCGUUGGUAUGAUACUCGCGAACGGGGUUUUCGACGGCGAAGGACUAGUAGCUGACUGCCACGUGUUACCCGCCACCGCCGUCGCUGCCUCCACGGGCGACGAAAUCAGGAGAUACAUCGCCGCAUCCAACUCUAAGUCCCCAGCUACAGCGACAAUUGUGUUCAAGGGGACUCGGAUCGGGGUCCGGCCCGCGCCAGUCGUGGCGUCGUUUUCAGCCCGUGGACCGAACCCGGAGUCUCCGGAGAUAUUGAAGCCGGAUGUUAUCGCGCCCGGCCUGAAUAUAUUGGCGGCUUGGCCCGAUAGAGUCGGGCCCUCGGGCGUGGCUUCGGAUAAGAGAAACACGGAGUUCAAUAUCCUCUCGGGAACAUCAAUGGCUUGCCCACACGUGUCCGGCUUGGCGGCGCUGUUGAAAGCGGCGCAUCCAGAUUGGAGCCCGGCCGCCAUUAGAUCCGCCCUGAUGACCACGGCAUACACCGUGGACAAUCGGGGUGAGACCAUGCUGGACGAGUCCAGCGGCAACACUUCCAGCGUUAUGGACUUUGGGGCGGGUCAUGUCCACCCGCAAAAGGCAAUGGACCCGGGGUUGGUCUAUGACAUUGUCUCUUACGAUUACGUGGAUUUCUUGUGCAAUUCCAAUUAUACCACUAAGAACAUCCAGGUGGUGACUAGGAAGUUUGCCAAUUGCAAUGGGGCUAAGAGGGCAGGGCAUUCUGGGAACUUAAAUUACCCCUCCUUGUCUGUGGUGUUUCAGCAGUAUGGAAAGCAUAAGAUGUCUACUCAUUUUAUUCGGACCGUGACGAAUGUGGGUACGCCGAAUUCAGUUUAUCAGGUGACGAUUAAGCCGGCAGCAGGGAUGACGGUGACGGUGGAGCCAGAGAAGCUUGCGUUUAGGAGGGUGGGGCAGAAGUUAAGUUUUCUUGUGAGGGUGCAAGCCUUGGCAGCGAAGCUAUCCCCUGGUAGCACUAGUGUGAAGAGUGGUUCUAUAGUUUGGUCUGAUGGGAAGCACACUGUGACUAGCCCCUUGGUUGUGACAAUGCAACAACCUCUCUAG